CCACCCUUAUCUGGGGUGGUAGGCUAUAUAAAGUAAGCGGCUCCUCUACUGCACCAGAGUAGUACCUUUGCUGAUUUGAUCCCGCCCCUACGCUGGGGAGAGAGUUAACGGACACAACGGAGCCCAUCGCCAGCGGACUGCUCGAGCUGAAGCCCACCCCUCUCUCCCUUUGCAGUAUGCAUGUUCACCAGGGAGUCCGCGAAGCGCUCACGUCCCAGCUCUGCACUCCUUCACCGGCCAGACACCACCAGCCCAGCCAGAGCGGACGAUAGACGUGGAUGCGGCGGCAGAAAGGCGGAGAGCCCGGAGCGAGCGCAGGAAUACGCGGAGUCACCAACGGGACUACAAGGCUGGCCGUCUCUCUCCUCUGAACGUGGACAACAUGCAUGUGCUCCUCUGGGGCUUGGGGUUCCUACUAUUCCCUGAUCUCUUGAAUGCAGUCGCAUCCACAGCGAGAUUACUCCGGAGAUCAAGCACAGUACCAGAGGAGCUGGCCGUUUACGAGAUUGUGACACCGGUGCGAGUGAAUGAAGCCGGUGACAAGCUUCCAGCCGGUGCACACUUCAAAAGGAAGAGACGGAGUUUGGACGAGGGCACCGGCAACACUGCGGAUCACUGGGCCGCAGCAAACAUCCACUAUAGGAUAUCUGCUUUCGGGAAGAACUAUCACCUCAACCUCACGCUGGAUUCGGGAUUUAUUGCACCCGUUUACACUGUGACGAUACUCGGGGCGCCCCAAGGAGAUAACGGCACCGCUUUUGCAACAGAUGCGGAAAGGGAGGAGGAAGAGAAGGAGGAGGAGGAGGAGGACACGGAGUUAAGGCACUGCUUCUAUAGAGGACAUGUGAAUGCCCAUGCACAACACGCCGCAGUCAUCAGUCUGUGCUCCGGACUGUUUGGCACUUUCAGGUCUCCGGAGGGGGAAUAUUUUGUGGAGCCCCUGCACAGCUACCAAGGGGAACACUAUGAAGAGGAACACACAAAACCUCAUAUUGUAUACAGGAAACUUUCAUCCGGGAAUCACACAUCCGAAGAGACCUCAGCUUGUGACACUUCAGGACACAAACACAGGCAUAAGAGGCAGAGGGCGAGGAGAAGGCCAGCCCCCGUUCCAAGUGCUGCCCCUCUGGUCGGCGCUGGUAUACUCGACGACCUGGGGUCACUGAGCGCCAGCCUGGCCAGCAGCGCUUGGCUCAGAUCAGAGAACGGCGUUGCCGGCAGCAGACCGUCAAAUGAUAGCAGCGGUGACUCAGGACCUCACAGGAGAUCAAAGCGCUUCCUCUCCUACCCGCGCUUUGUUGAAGUCAUGCUGGUCGCCGACAGCAAAAUGGUGGAGCAUCACGGCAGCAACCUGCAGCACUACAUACUCACAUUGAUGUCUAUAGUCUCCUCCAUCUACAAGGACCCAAGCAUUGGCAACCUGAUUAAUAUCGUGAUUGUUAAGUUAGUGAUAAUCAACAACGAGUUGGACGGGCCAGCUAUUUCAUUUAACGCACAGACCACUUUAAAGAACUUCUGCAUCUGGCAGCAGAGCCAGAACAUCCUAGACGAUAACCACCCCUCCCAUCACGACACCGCCAUCCUUAUCACCAGGCAAGACAUCUGCAGGGCGAGGGAUAAGUGUGACACGCUAGGGCUCGCAGAGUUGGGGACGGUGUGUGAUCCAUACAGGAGCUGCAGCAUCAGUGAGGACAAUGGGCUCAGCACUGCCUUCACCAUCGCCCAUGAACUGGGCCACGUGUUUAACAUGCCUCAUGAUGACAGCAACAAGUGUAAGGAGGACGGAGUGAAGUCGCAGCAGCAUGUCAUGGCUCCCACGCUCAAUUACAACACAAACCCUUGGAUGUGGUCCAAGUGUAGCAGGAAGUACAUCACAGAGUUCCUCGACACAGGAUAUGGUGAGUGCUUGCUCGACGAGCCCGUUUCUAGGCCUUACAGUCUCUCGCAGCAGCUGCCCGGGCGGAUAUACAGUGUCAAUAGACAGUGCGAACUGAUAUUUGGGCCGGGAACACAGGUGUGCCCUUAUAUGACUCAGUGUCGGAGGCUGUGGUGCACGAGUCCAGAGGGCGCCCAGCGGGGCUGCAGGACGCAGCACAUGCCCUGGGCUGACGGCACCGACUGCGCACCUGGAAAGCACUGCAAGCACGGCCUGUGCAUUCCUAAAGAGUAUGAUUCCAUGCCUGUGGACGGAGCGUGGGGGGUUUGGAGUCCUUUCGGUACAUGUUCUCGAACAUGCAGCGGCGGCAUAAAGAUUGCGAUGCGCGAAUGCAACCGACCAGUGCCCCGGAGCGGAGGGAUGUACUGCGUCGGUCGGCGGAUGAAGUUUCGUUCUUGCAACUCCGAGCCGUGCUCUAAGAAAAAGAAGGACUUCAGGGAGGAACAGUGCGCUGUUUUCGAUGGAAAGCACUUCAACAUCAACGGUCUACCUCCUAAUGUCCGCUGGGUUCCCAAAUACAGCGGAAUUCUGAUGAAGGACAGAUGUAAGCUGUUCUGCAGGGUGGCGGGCAGCACUGCCUACUAUCAGCUCAGGGACAGGGUCAUCGAUGGCACGCCAUGCGGACCCGAUACCAACGACAUCUGUGUCCAGGGCCUGUGCAGGCAAGCAGGCUGUGAUCAUGUUCUGAACUCUAAAGCCAGGAGAGAUAAGUGCGGUGUCUGCGGAGGUGAUAACUCUUCCUGCAAGCCUGUGGCAUCAGUCUUCAACACUGUGCGCUACGGCUAUAAUGAAGUUGUGCGAAUACCCAGCGGUUCUACAAAUAUAGAUGUGCGUCAGCAUAGCUACUCAGGGAAGCCGGAGGACGACAACUACCUCGCGAUAUCAAACAGCCGUGGAGAAUUCCUGCUCAACGGAGAGUUUGUAGUGAGUAUGUUCAAAAGGGAAAUCAAAGUGGGGGAUGCCGUCAUCGAGUACAGCGGCUCUGACCAUGUGAUCGAGAGGAUCAACUGCACCGACCGCAUCGAAGAGGAGAUUGUCAUCCAGGUGCUCUCUGUUGGAAACCUUUACAAGCCAGAAGUCAGGUACUCCUUCAAUAUCCCCAUAGAGGAUAAGCCUCAGCAGUUCUUCUGGGACGCUUAUGGGCCCUGGCAGGAGUGCAGUCGCCUGUGCCAAGGAGAGCGCAAGCGUAAGAUCCUCUGCAACCGAGAGUCUGACAGGGUGGUGGUGUCGGACCAGCGGUGCCACAGUGCAGCUCGGCCUGCCGUCAUCACUGAGCCCUGCAACACAGAGUGCGAACUCAGAUGGCACGUGGCCCGUAAAAGCGAGUGCACAGCCCAGUGCGGCGUCGGAUAUCGCACUCUGGAAAUAUACUGCGCCAAAAUCAGUCACUCCGAGUCCAAGGUACUGAAAGUUGAUGAGCGGUACUGCAGUGGGCAACACAAACCUGACGACAGGGAAAGUUGCCAUGGAGACUGUAACCCUGGUGGCUGGGAUUACUCGCCCUGGUCAGAGUGCUCGAAGAGCUGCGGGGGCGGCACCCGCCGUCGAGGGGCCGUGUGUCGGAAGGCGUCUGAGGGUGGCGACGACGAGAGCAAAUGCAGUCAAAGGGAUAAACUAACCGUCCAACCCUGCAACGAUUUCCUCUGUCCACAGUGGGAGACCGGUGACUGGUCUGAGUGCCUCGUAACGUGCGGGAAAGGCUACAGGCACCGUCAGUUGUGGUGCCAGUUCGGCGAGGACCGCCUGGACGACCGUUUCUGCGGCGCGUCCAAACCUGAGUCGGUGCAGACGUGCCAGCAACAAGAGUGCGCCUCUUGGCAAGUUGGACCGUGGGGACAGUGCACUACCUCCUGUGGGCCAGGCUACCAGAUGCGAGCGGUGAAGUGUGUGGUGGGCUCCUACGGUGCUGUCAUGGACGACACUGAAUGUAAUGCUGCCACGCGACCCACUGAUACGCAGGACUGUGAAGUGGCCCAGUGUCACUCUGUUCCCCCAGGAACUAAAGUCCCCUCUCACCAGGGCCACAGAACCCAGUGGAGGUUUGGUUCCUGGACUCAGUGUAGUGCCAGCUGUGGCAAGGGCACACGGAUGCGCUAUGUGAGUUGCCGUGACAACCAGGGUGGCGUGGCAGAAGAGUCGGCGUGCGCUCACCUACCAAAACCACCUGCCAGGGAAGUGUGCUCAGUUGUAGCCUGUGGACAGUGGAAGGUGCUGGAAUGGACAGUGUGCUCUGUGACAUGUGGGCAGGGGAAGACGACACGACAGGUGUUGUGCGUCAGUUUUAGCGACCAAGAAAUGAGUGCUAGUGAGUGUGAUCCAGAUGAUCGUCCAGCCACAGAGCAGGACUGUGCCAUGUCUCAGUGCCCGUCCCGUUCCAGCGAGACCCGACCUCAGCCGUUCUCACCGAACACCAUCACCAGGAGCAGCGUGGACCGUAGCCACUCUCACCAAUGGCGCACUGGACCCUGGGGCGCGUGCUCCAGCACAUGUGCAGGAGGCUUCCAACGACGAGUAGUAGUGUGCCAAGAUGAGAACGGUUACCCUGCCAACAGCUGUGAGGACCGCAGCCGACCCAGUGAGCAACGAUCCUGUGAGUCAGGCCCGUGUCCUCAAUGGGUCUACGGCAACUGGGGAGAGUGCACUAAGCCAUGUGGAGGUGGGAUUAAGACAAGGUUGGUGGUGUGCCAGCGUCCCAACGGUGAGCGUUUCAACGAUCUGAGCUGCGAGAUCCAUGACAAGCCACCAGAUCGGGAGCAGUGCAAUAAUCAGCCGUGUCCUGCUAGCCCUCACUGGAGCACAGACCCAUGGAGCUCGUGCUCAGCCUCCUGUGGAAGAGGGGUCAAAACCCGUAAGGUGAGCUGCGUGAACGGAUCCGGCCGCCCCAUCCCGGAGGAAAGCUGCCGCCAGUCUUCGCCCAAACCCAGCAGGCAGAGGCGAUGCCGAGGUGGAAGAUGCCCCAAGUGGAAGACUGGCAACUGGGGAGAGUGUUCAGCCUCAUGCGGGGACGGAGUCCAGCAGCGGGAGGUUUUCUGCCAGGUUGGGGACCGGCGCAGCCCCUCGGAGACCGGCUGUGUCCAGCGCUCCCGUCCCGCGUCCAGCCAGAGCUGCCGCGUUGCAGACUGUCCCUCUCGGUACCGGUGGAGAGAAGGGGACUGGCAGGCGUGCAGUAAGUCCUGCGGAUCGGGCAAUCGAAGGCGAGCAUUGCAGUGUGUCGAUUACAAUCAGCAUGAGGUUCAUGAAAUGUACUGCGUGAACCAGAUCAGACCGCCAGACAUAGAGAGCUGCAACGCACAGGCUUGUGAACUAAUCUGGAUCACCGGGGAAUGGACCGAGUGCUCAGUGAGCUGUGGUCAGGGCUACCGUCAGCGUCUCAUCUCCUGCAGUGAAGUGCAUGUGGAAAAUGACAACUACGAAUACGGCCCUCAGUCUUUGUCCAACUGCCCAGGAGCCCCCCCAGAGAGCUUCACACCCUGUAAUCUGGGCCCAUGCCCACCUCCACAAGAGUGGAGGGCUGGAAUCUGGGGACCGUGUUCUGUAAGCUGUGGGGAUGGAGUGGUGGAGAGGAUAGUGCAGUGUCUGUCACCAGAUGGACAAGAAAGCAACAGAUGUCCUCCAGAUGCAGAGCCUGACUCCAGAAAAGUCUGCAGUAAUCCUAGCUGCAAUUUGCCUUCUAGUUGUCUUGACAUCCAGAGCACGAAUGGUCCCAUCCCCGACAGUGAACACUUCCUCAGUGUUCAAGGAAAAGCUCUCAAGGUCUAUUGUGCAGGAAUGCAGACAGAGGCUCCACAGGAGUACAUCACCUUAACGACCGGCGAAGAGGAGAAUUUCUCUGAGAUCUUUGGCUUCAGGCUCAAUGACCCCACUCAAUGUCCUGCCAAUGGCUCUAGCAGAGAGGACUGUGACUGUCGAAGAGACUACACUGCCGCAGGCGUGACCACCUUCUCUAAGGUCCGCCUGGACCUGAGAAGGAUGAACAUCAUCACCACAGAUUGGCGGUUUGCUUUCACCCGCGACGGCAAGAGUGUCCCGUUUGCUACAGCUGGAGACUGCUACAGUCUGGCCAACUGUCCACAGGGACGGUUUAGGAUCAACUUAUCAGGAACAGGUUUGAAGGUGGCUGAGGACACUUCAUGGAUCUCUCAGGGAAACUAUGCCGUGACUCGUAUCCAGAAAUCACAGGAUGGCAGCAGAGUGACAGGGAUCUGUGGAGGCUACUGUGGAAAAUGUGCACCAUCCUCUGGUGACACUCUGCCUGUAACAGCCGAAUAGAUCUCCAGCUACAAAACACAUGCAGAAGCGCUGUGUGUAGUCGUCUUCAGGUGCUCAUUCCACGACCUUAAUCCUCAUCAACGGUGCUGCAGCCUACCCGGAUCUCAAACCCAUCCUUCACGUCACCUCUUUGACUCGUUGUGUGUGUGUAUAGUGUAAAUUAUUCUGCUGUAAGUACUGUAUAUAGACUGAUCAAAUCUCUUAUUUAUUCUCCUUGCCAUUUAUUUUUCUAUUGUAAAAUAAUUUUAAAGGUUUUCGUUGUCAAAAGCUGCCGCUAUAUACAUGUAUGCCAAUAAUGCAGUUUUUUGUCGGAUUUGCCUUCCGCAUUUUAUGCUUUAUAUUUAACUUUGAAGUCACCAGGCAGUGCAACUAUAUGUGUGUGUGUGUGUUGGUUUUAUCUCCAGUAAGUCUGAUAAUCUCGCUGUGGUUGUUAUCAGACCGCUUGUUCUCAUAAAGUCUCCAUUUUUUGGGUUUUCUUUUGAAAAGAAAAAUCAAUAACUCCUCAAGCAGCAGCAUUUACAGAUACAAGCAUUAUAUAAUGUUUACUACUGGACCUUAGCAGGGCGUGCUGCAGGUCUUGCAGUAAGUUGAUGCAACUCUGGGUGCUUCCACUUACUGAGCCGCUCUGCUCCUUGGUAAACUCCGUGUUUAAUUUGCCUGCCUUACAUGAACAAUCCCUCUCAUUUUUCUUAGGAUGUGCUGCAUUUGAGACUGAUCAGAUCUGAAAUCUGAAGCCAACUGGACUGUGUUCAGCCAGCUGAACUCAGCCAUUAACACUGGCUGUACUUAUUUUGAGGCAGGAGAGAGGAGGUUGGAGGUUCAUUAAGUGGAGACUAACAGGGUCGGCUGAAGGAGAGAAAUAAAAGACGUUUCUGCCGUGCAGCUGUGGGCCUCUGGCAGUCUGACUUCUACAGCAUGUUAACACUGGAGGAACAAAUAAACCUGCAUGAUAAAAUUAUAUGAGGCAUAUCAGUGCUUAAAGCAUAUUCAUACUCCUUGAACCUUUUGCCAUUUAGCCAGGUUGCAACUAGAACUGCAUGUAUUCCAUUGAGAUUUCAAAUGAGAUACCAACACAAAGAUGUAUGGGAUGGUUUUCACAUUUUUUUUAUAAACAGAACUGUGAGCAGUGUGGCCUGCCAACACCGCGAUGCUGCCGCCACCAUGUGUCACCACUCACUCGGUGGUGUGUUAGUUACCUGUAAGGUACAAGUUGCCGUGUUCCUUACAGACAAAGGGAAUUCUUUUCGCUUUCCUCAAAAAAACGUCUCAACCUGGACUCCGGUUACAAAAGAUUUUUUUUUUUUUAAAUAAAAGGAGUCGCACCUUUCAGAACAUUUUGCAGACAAUCUAGAAGGAUAAAUUUUCUUCUACCUCACAACCAAGAACCACUUUGUGUUGGUUCGUCACAUAGAAAUCUGAAUAAAACGCCAUUUAAGGUUGUAGUUGUAAUGGAAAAAUGGGAAAAAGUUCAAGGUUGUGAAUGCUUUUGCGGGGCACCGUGUCUCUGUUAAGUCAUAUAAAAGACGCAUUACAGGAUUAUAAUGAUUAAGAGAACAGCAGAGUUUAAAAUGGCACACAUCAAAGAGCGCUACAUUCCUCUGUGUUCCAACUUACCUCUCAGCGAGUGUGCACAACCAGAGAGAGCUGUUAGCCUUUAGUGCUUUUUUUUUUUUUUUUUUUUUUUUACCCGUCAGGGAAUCUUAUCUGGCCUUUCUUGGAACAAUAAAAGAAAAAAGACUUCACCUCAAGCCAAAUAAGAUUCCACAGAUACUCUGGAGAUGUAAUGCAAAGGGAGGGGUGGGGGGGGGGGGGGACCCUGGAGACGAGUCCGUCUGCUGAAUUCACAGGCCCUGCAUCGUGUGUUCUGUCCAAACGCUGCUUGUGCUUCCUGUACCUCACAUUCUUUUCUCCGUCUGAAUCUGUCCAAGCUGCAUGUCACUCGCCUGAGCUUUCCGCUCUGUUGUUUUAUAUGAAGAAAUCAGGGUACUUUACACUUGGUGCAGGUUUUUUUUGCUCCUUUCUAGCCACUGUCGUACGUUGCAAUGCUCUGCGAAGAUGUUAGAAAAUGUCCAGACGAAAACAUGUGGAUCCUCCACAACUGACAAAAAGCCAUUUUGUUACUGUCGUGAGCCAUCGUGCGCGGUGCUAUUUCAGUGCCUUAUGUGUGCACACUCCAGCCAAAGGAAAUUCACUACAGCCAAUCUUUAAGCAGUAAAGACGCGGUGGAGAGACCAGCUUGUGUUUUACUGAUAGUCAAAACUGACAAAUGCACUUCCAGUCGUCAGAAUGCAGUCCAAUCGGGUUCUCAGGUGUCACAAUGAAGGGAUUCUUUUUAUUUAACUGUGUUUGCCUUAUUUUAAAAAAUUACAUUUAACGUUUGUUUACCAGGUAUACAGAUUAUGUAUUGUUGCUUUUAACGUUGUAAAAAAAACGCCUUAAAUCUUUUUUUUUUUUUAUGUGAAAGUAUUUAUUGUACCAGUGUAUGUGAUUGUACAUAAACCCUGUCUAUGAACGAUUACCGAGGAGUGUUGCCAUAAAAUGACAGUUAUUUAUAUUUCAGCCAUAUCGGCAUAAAACGUACGAGCAGAAUUUGUCUGCGUCGCGCUAAAACGGUGAUUUAUGUAUGAAGGCAGAAGAAUCAACCAUCGGAUUGUAAUAAAAUGCCUGACGUGCACCA